AUGGCUCUCAGCAACUUCAUCUUCGUAUUGCUCGCUUGCUUCUUGAAGCUUUCUGCUUCCCAGUUUGUCGACAUUGACAUCUCUGAGAUCGGCAGUCCAUCAGAUAUCGUUGAUGGCGGAUCAACCGAUGUGACUUUCGACCUGGAUAUCACCCCAACCUCCGGCGCUGCUUCAGUCAUCAACGCUCUCGGCAACGAUCUCCGUUACAAAGUCCAGGCUGGACUCUCGGCAACAGAUUCCAGCGACCUCUCCUCUGCUGUCGGCGCAACAACCGUUACUCUAUCAAGCGGACAGAAGAGUGCCUCCCUGGUUGAUGAUGACGCCACAACAUGGUCCUCUCUGGUUGCUUCCGUCAACUUGACCGAUGUAGAUUGCGGGAGUGACGGUACCGCUUACAACUACUUCUGCGUCGUGGUCGGACCUUCUGACUCUUCUACCUGGUCUGGUGUUGAUACCAGCAACACCACUAGCUGCGUCAGCUUCGUAUGCAAAGCUGUUGUUGAUGUAGGAGCUGACUCACUGAGCAUCACCAACCCCGACGAUGGUGUCAUCAGCGUAGGUGGUGGCCAGGCUCUUGAGUUCGACAUCGAAGUUUCAUCCACUGCUGCUUCUGACCUCGUCAGCGGAUCCAGCAACUGGGCUGUCACAAUCUGGCUCUCUGAUGCCGCCACUGAUGGUACCGUGGUGGCUUCCACUUCAGUCUCCCUGACCGCUGCUCAAUUGACCACCGACCUCUCCAACGGCACCACAGCUACCCUUUCCGACUUGGCCGCCACCCUGGACCUCACCGACAUUACCUGUGAUUCCUUCAGCUACAGUUGCGCCUCUGUUGGCCCAGCGUCUUCAGCCACGUGGAAGGUUAUCGCAUCUGGAGCCACCAAGGAUACCACUGCCUGCCAGGCCGUCACUUGUGGGGCAGCCUUCGCUCACAUCAGCCUAGCCUUCCUGAGCAUUUGCGUCGUUUUCAGCUCACUCUUCAACCAGUCAUAA